GGCUGCAAGAAGGAACGUGAGAGUCAGCGACAGCGAGGAAUCUUCGAGAAAUCAGGAGCUCUGGCAGAUUAAAGAUAGAAGCUGCGGACUUCCUAUGGAGUUAAAUGUGCGGUGCUUGAACUGUGGGUGUGAACUCAGAUGGGUAUGUGUGAUAGGGWGGUGCCAUCUGCCUCAAAACGGUGAUGGUGAGGUAUUGAGAGUGAAUGAUGUCAAUCUGAGCAAUAGACGGGCGGGUAUCCACAGUUCAGGGGGUGAUAGUGACAAGGUCGAUGAUGAUGAUGAUGAUGAUGAUGAUGAUGAUGAUGAUGAUAUUUAUGAUGUUAAUGGUGAUGAUGACGAUAAUGGGGAUAUGAAUCGAUGGAAUCAGAAGACUGGGGAUGGCGAUAAUGAGGGUGACAAUGAGUCGUUGGAAUCGUUGGGACCACCUCAAAACCGUGAUGAUGAUGAUGAGGAGGAGGAUGAUGAUGAUGAGGAUGGUGAUAUGAAUUGUUGGAAUCAGAGGACUGGGGAUAAUGGAAGGGAAGAUGAUAAAACUGGUCGGGGUGGUACAGUCCAUUGGGAUAAGAAGAGAAGUGAAGACAUGAGAGUGGAUUUCAAAGAUUCCGGCGACAGGAAAGGCAGGGAGCAGAAGGAGGGCGUAGACAGUGUUGCAAAAGCUAGAAACCGGCAGGUUUUCAUCCCAGCCUCCGCGCUCAUCGGGAUCGCGUUCGCCAUUCUGCAAUGGUCCAUUGUGGCGAAGAUCCCGGUGCGAUCCGGCGCUAGCGCAGAUGGGGAGUACUCUCUGAUCGCGGACGAGGGGGGAAUCGAGGAUGCCGGCGUGAUUGCCAAGGUGGCGGAGAUUCAGGAGGCCAUCUCGCUCGGAGCGGUGUCGUUCUUGACGACGGAGUACUGGUAUCUGGCCAUCUUCAUGACGCUUUUCACCGCCAUCAUCUUCCUUUUCCUUGGAUCUGUGGACAGCUUUGGGAGGGAGUGGAAGCCGUGCGAUCCUAGCGAUCCCACGGGGAAGUUGUGUGCGCCGGGCACGGCUGUGGCCUUCUUCAGCGCCGUUGCCUUCGCUCUGGGGGCUCUGACGUCCACGCUGUCCGGCUUCCUGGGAAUGAAGAUCGCCACGUACGCGAAUGCGAGGACGACGCUGCAGGCGAGGAAGGGCGUUGGCGCGGCGUUCGCUGUUGCAUUCCGGUCUGGCUCCGUGAUGGGCUUCCUGCUGACGGCCAACGGGCUGCUGGUCCUCUUCCUGGCCAUUCUGGGGUUCAAGCAGUACUUCGGCGAUGAUUGGGUGGGGCUGUACGAGGCCAUCGCGGGCUACGGGCUUGGCGGAUCGUCAGUGGCUCUGUUCGGGCGCGUGGGAGGGGGCAUCUACACGAAGGCGGCGGACGUGGGCGCGGAUCUGGUGGGGAAAGUCGAGCGCAACAUUCCGGAGGACGAUCCCAGAAACCCCGCCGUGAUUGCAGACAACGUGGGCGACAACGUUGGCGACAUCGCGGGCAUGGGCGCGGACUUGUUCGGGUCUUUCGCGGAGUCCACGUGCGCUGCGUUGGUGAUCUCUUCGCUGUCGUCCAUGGGCACGGACCUGGAUUUCACCGCGAUGAGCUUUCCUCUGCUCAUCACGGGCUCGGGCAUCCUCGUUUGCCUGCUGACGACUCUCGUGGCGACGGACAUCCAGGUAGUGGACACCAUCAAGGACAUAGAGCCCAGCCUGAAGAGGCAGCUGCUCGUCUCCUCCGUGCUGAUGACGCCGACCAUCUUCGCCGUCUCGUACUUGUGCCUUCCCGCGCAAUUCAGCAUUGUCGUGGCGGGGCACGAGGACAAGGUUGUCAAGAACUGGUACAUGUUCUUCUGCGUGGCCGCCGGCCUGUGGGCGGGUCUCAUCAUCGGAUACGUCACGGAGUUCUUCACCAGCCACCAGUACAGCCCUGUCCGCGAUGUGGCGGACGCUUGUCGGACGGGAGCGGCGACCAACAUAAUCUUCGGUCUGGCUUUGGGGUACAAGUCCGUGAUCAUUCCCGUCUUCGCCAUAGCUGGGGCCGUCUACCUCUCCUACACGCUCGCCGCCAUGUACGGCAUCGCCUGCGCGGCGCUCGGAAUGCUGAGCACCCUGUCCACGUGUCUGGCCAUCGACGCCUACGGCCCCAUCAGCGACAACGCCGGCGGGAUCGCCGAGAUGGCGGAGAUGGGUCCCGGCAUCCGCGAGAAGACGGACGCUUUGGACUCCGCUGGGAACACCACGGCUGCCAUCGGCAAGGGCUUCGCGAUCGGCUCUGCUGCGCUGGUGUCGCUUGCUCUGUUCGGUGCGUACGUGAACCGCGCCGGCAUCUCGGAGGUGAACGUCAUCGCGCCCAAGGAAUUCGUUGGCCUGAUCGUCGGGGCGAUGCUGCCCUACUGGUUCUCGGCCAUGACGAUGAAGAGCGUUGGCAAGGCGGCGCUGGCUAUGGUGGAGGAGGUGCGGCGGCAAUUCAACACCAUCGCGGGGCUAAUGGAGGGCACAGUGAAGCCGGACUACAAGAAGUGCGUCAUGAUCUCCACGGACGCCUCCCUCAGGGAGAUGAUUGCGCCGGGAUGCUUGGUGAUGCUCACGCCCAUCAUCGCCGGGUACCUGUUCGGAGUGUACACUCUGGCGGGCGUUCUGGCCGGUGCGCUGGUCUCCGGCGUGCAGAUGGCCAUCUCUGCUUCGAACACGGGCGGAGCGUGGGACAACGCGAAGAAGUACAUCGAGGCAGGGAACACGGCGCAGGCUCGUGCGCUGGGACCCAAGGGCUCCGCAUGCCACAAGGCGGCCGUCAUCGGAGACACGGUGGGCGAUCCCCUCAAGGACACGUCCGGACCAUCCCUCAACAUUCUCAUCAAGCUCAUGGCAGUCGAAUCUCUCGUCUUCGCACCGUUCUUCAAGGAGCACGGCGGCGUUCUCUUUGGCGGAAGUUGAAGUCGAAGUUGGACAGAAAGACACACGCGGAAGAACAUUCCUGCAGUGUGGACGGAGUGUUUCGCCUUUUUCUU